GGAGGAGAGAGAGUGAGAGAGUAAACCCCGAUGCCCCAGUCUCUUCAUUCUCUCUAUCUUCUCGCGAUACGGGCCUUAGGUUUUGUCUGCUCCCUUGAUCGUCGGAGGCAGUUUUGGACUCCGAUGGCUGCUGCGGCGGCGGCGACGGCCGCGGCUUUAACGGUGCUGCUCUGCCUGGUGCUCUGCAUGAGGGAAGGGGAGGUGGAGGAGGGGGAGGAGGGCGUGGCGGGCGGCGCAAGCGACGGGAUCGUCCUUGAGCGCCACAGGAGUGGGCGGAGGUGGAGAAAGCGGCAGCAGAGUCCGACCGAGCCGCCGGUGACGUGGAUGGGAAAGCUGGUCCUGGUAGCGGGUACGAUCCGCUUCACCUUCUCGGAGACGUUGGGCAGGUGGCCUCUCGUCGAUCUGCUUUUCGGGAUCAGGCAUCACAUGCGGCGGCAGGGCAAUCGUGAGGUUGCAAGCGUGUAUGCUGGCAGCAACUGCAUAGAACUGAAGGGCUGUGAAAUUAUGGUUGAUUUGAUUCAUAUGCUAAGGUUGUUGAAUCUUUGCUUCUUGUUCUCAAAGAAACCAUAUGCGGUUCUUUUGGAGUCUACCGGGUACACUGAAGAAGAUGUUCUUCUUAAAGAGCCCAAGGCUGGGCUUCUGAAGCCUGCCUUCACAAUUUUGCGUGACAGAAAUUCCAAGUCAUUUCUUCUUGUGAUCCGUGGGGCUCUAAGUAUUAAGGAUAAGCUGACAGCUGCAACUGGAGAAUUGGUCCCUUUCCACCAUCUAGUUUCACAUGAAGGCAGCAUCAGCAAUUUGACCACAGGAUAUGCACACUGUGGGAUGGUUGCUGCAGCUCAUUGGAUUGCAAACUGUGCAACUCCUUGCCUCCUGAAAGCAGUGACUGAAUAUCCAGACUACAAUAUCAAGAUCAUUGGGCAUUCAAUGGGUGCUGGAAUUGCUGCAAUUCUGUCGUAUAUUCUUCGGGAACAUGAAGAAUUUUUGUCAAGCACAUGCGUUGCAUUUGGUCCAGAGAUUUGGUGUUCCUUAGCUGCUUGCAUGACAUGGGAGUUGGCGGAGUCGGGCAAACAUUUUGUUACUACUAUUGUCAAUGCAACUGACCUGGUACCAACAUUUUCAGCUGUUUCUGUUGACAAUCUUCGUUCCGAGAUCAAGACAUCUUCGUGGUUAACAAAUCGAAUUCAGCACACAAGAAUUUUAAAAGGACUAUAUCACUUUAUGACCACUUUAAGAUCUUGUGUACCAUCGAUAUCUGCCACAAGAACAAGGGUCACAACUACUGGCAAGUUUCUACGGCCAGCAUCAGAAAGCACUGAGGUUGUGAUCAGACAUGCACAGCAUGUUGCACAUGCAGUAGUUACAUGCCGCUCAUCUGUCUCAUGCUGGUCUGACAUGACCCUAAAUCGGCAAGCUUUCGGUACUCGUACAGGCCCUGAUGAGGAGGAAGCACCUGGCUCGCUGGGUACACAUACAAGACCUGUAAAUUGUCUGCAAGCCUCAGGCUGUGAAGAAAUACUUGAAGACCAGAAACUUUUGCAGGUUAAUCACCUUUGCAAAGCUGCAUCAGUAGAAGAAAUGACUGAUGGUGAAUUCUGGCUUGAGAUAGAAAAGAAACUUCACCAUCAUCAUGAAGACAUGCAGGGCCUAGAAAAAGAGAAAGAAGACAGUACAUUGCUAAUAGAAGCAAUGGAGAAAGAACUGGCCACAACACCAAAUGCACAGAAAGAGUAUCAGUUGUAUCCUCCUGGUAAACUUAUGCAUAUGGUCGCUGUGCCUGCAUUGGAUCAUUCUGAUACUGUCAACGAUGCUCUGAACAACAGAAGCAUUGGCAUCUAUGAAACCCCAAGGGAGCUGUAUGGGAAGAUUCGCCUAUCGCAGACUAUGAUCGAUGAUCAUUAUAUGCCGUGGUAUAAAAGGAUGAUGGAGUUAUUAAUAGACAAAUUAAAAAGGGAUAACGAUUACUAUACAGCUGCAAUAUAGUGGUUGUUGGUGGGUGCACUGGGGGAGAUUUUUUUUUUCUUUUUCUCGAUUGAUUCAUGAUUGGUGCAUACUGGUCCUGUGUGCAACUGUAGAUUGCUCAAAAAGAGAAAAAAAAAAA